AUGCCUAUAGAAUCGGCCUAUCAACCGAUCACCGUCCCUCCGGUCGAUGUCUGGGACUUCCUCUUCGAACGACCUGGCCGCGAAUUUCCAGAAGAUCACGUUGUUUUUGUGGAUGUGGCAGCACAGAAGCAGCAGUCCGUCCGCGACGUUCGCGAUGCUGCCACACGUUUCGGCCGAGGCAUGCGACACCAGUGGCAUUGGCACGAGGGCGACGUGCUGGCGAUUUUCAGCCCCAACAGUACAGAUAUCGCGGCCGUGACGUUCGGCACACUCUGGGCCGGGGGCAUUGUGUGUCCGUUCAACAAUCUGUAUACCGUCGGUGAACUGGUGUCACAGUUGAAGUCUUCGCAGGCGAAGGCCCUGGUCACCCAUGUGGCAUGUCUGGAGGUGGCCCGAGAGGCUGCCUUGCUCGUGGGCUUGUCGCUCGACCGCGUCAUUCUAGUCGGAUCGCGAGACCCGAAAGAACAGUUCAAGCACUUUUCCGACGUGCAGACAUCGAUGGCCGACGUGCAGAGAGUGCACAUCGACCCGAAGGAGGGCUUGGCCUACCUGGUGUACUCUUCCGGCACCACGGGUCUGCCAAAGGGCGUGAUGCUGACACACGAGAAUAUUGUCGCAAACAUGCUACAGGCAGCGGUCAUGGACGCGCAGCAAACGCACUGGACCAAGGACAGCACCAUCGGGUUCCUGCCCAUGUACCAUAUCUACGGCAUCGCAGUUCUCCUCCUCCAACCAGUCUUCCGCGGUGUGCGAGUCUACAUGAUGCAAAGAUUCGAGUUGGAGCCGUUUUGCCGCCUCAUCCAGCACCACAGAAUCACGUUCGCCUACGUCGUGCCGCCCGUCGUGCUGGCCCUGGCCAAGCAUCCCCUGGUCGGCAAAUACAACCUGAGCUCCCUCCGCAUGAUGCAUUCGUCCGCGGCACCGCUGACGGAUGAUCUCGUUCAGAUGGUGUACAAGAGGCUGAAAGUCCCGAUCAAGCAAGGAUACGGAUUAUCAGAAGCCUCUCCCGGAGUGGCUUCACAGCCAUGGAGUGAAUGGAACAAGACCGUUGGCUCAGCCGGGACGCUCCUCCCGUCUAUGUCUCUGAAGUGCGUAGCGGAUGGGAUAGAAGUACCGUUCGGCGAGUCAGGAGAGAUCUGGAUCAAAGGCCCCAAUGUUUUCAAAGGCUACUACAAGAACCCACAAGCCACAGCGGAAUCGAUAUCCCCCGACGGCUGGUACCGCACAGGUGAUGUGGGCCAUGUCGACAAGGACCAUAACCUCCACAUCACGGACCGGGUCAAGGAGCUCAUCAAGUACAACGGAUUUCAAGUCGCUCCGGCUCAACUGGAAGGCCUGUUGCUGGCGCAUCCGGCCGUCAACGACGUGGCUGUCAUUGGCGUGUACAGCAGAGAGAAGGCGACGGAGCUACCGAGAGCGUACGUCGUGGCCGCGAAGGGAUACACCGCCGGGCCUGAGCUGGAGGGGGCAAUUUCCGCGUGGUUGAACAAGAAGGUGGCUCCAUACAAGAGGCUCCGCGGCGGGAUUCGGUUCGUGGAUGCGAUCCCCAAGAGCAAUGCUGGCAAGGUGCUCCGUCGGGUUCUGUCUGAACAGGCGAAGAAGGAGGAGUCGGUCCGGUUGUAG